AUGGCCUCCGAGGCGAAAGACCAAUAUGUCUUUGACAGAAGCUACCUGGACAACGCACGGAUCAAUGUGCAACAUUAUUUCAUUUGCCAGGUGUUUGGAUACCAUAUUCAUCCUUCGAUCUCGACGAGUGAUCUCAACAUGAGGAUUGCAGAUGUCGGGACAGGUACUGGGAUCUGGCUCACCGAUCUGGCUCCCCGACUGUCCGAGUCUGUUCGUCUGGAUGGCCUGGACAUCUCAUUCGACGCCUGUCCGCCGCGCGAAUGGCUCCCACCCAACAUGACCCUGCAUCAUUGGGAUGUCAAGAUGGAGGUCCCGGAGUAUCUGGCUGGGGUGUACGACUUGGUUAGCGUUCGUCACUUCGCAUUCGUCCUCCAGCAGCAUGAGCUGCAGAAUGCGUUGAGUAACCUUGUCAAGCUUCUCAAACCAGGCGGCUAUCUCCAAUGGACGGACGUCGACAUGACCUCGCAGAGAAUCGAGAAGGCGCGACCCGAUAUUGAUGGCGAGCCGCAGGAGAGAAUUAUGAAACUGUUUCGAGGGAAUGACCCCAGGCUUCACUCAGCAUGGGUGCCUAGUUUGGGGGAGCGAUUUGGGGAGGUGGGGCUCACGAAAGUUGAGGUUGAUCAGCGAGAGACUCCGCACUACAUUGGCCAGAGGCUCUUUGAAAGUGGAUUCCUAGCGGUUGAGGCGCUGACCAGGAACGGCAGGUUGGAUGAGAGGAAGAUGCAAGAAGUACAAGAGAUCUUCAGAGACUCAGCCAAGGUGACCCGGGAGGGGUCCUACGCUGCACUCACUAGGUACACUGUGGUCGGACAGAAGCCUGUAGAAAGGUCCCAGUGACGCUGGCAGC